AUGAAGAAGAGGCUUCAGAGUUUAUGGGCUAAGGAUGGUGAAAUCUAUGUGACUGAUAUUGAAAACAACUUUUUUCUUGUUCGAUUUAAGAAGAAGAAGGAUUUAGAUUUUGUAAAGACGGCAGGUCCAUGGAUUAUCAUGGAUCAUUAUCUGGCAAUCAGAUCAUGGGAGCCUGAUUUUCAACCGCUGCAAGCUUCCAUUGAUCGCAUCGUAGCUUGGAUUCGACUUCCAGGUUUUCCCACAGAAUAUGUGAAUUCUGAACUUGUGGAGACGGUGGGAAAUUGGCUAGGGAAAUAUAUUAAGGUUGAUACUGCUACAACUUUGUUGGCUAGAGGACAGUUUGCAAGGAUCUGUGUGGAGUUGGAUCUCUCAAAACCUCUUCAAGCUGAAUAUUUGUUGGAUGGUAGAAACAAAAGAGUUGAGUAUGAGGGUCUCCACUUAGUAUGUUUUGCAUGUGGCAAAUAUGGUCAUUCAUCUGAGUACUGUCCAUCUAAGCGUGUUCUUGAUCAGGCUGUGCCUCCUCCCAAUAUGAAUAUGGAGAUGGAAGUUCAACAGACUGAACGUGAAGUUGUGUCCAAGUCUCAUGAAAGAGGUUCAAAGGGCUUGACUUUGUUACUUCCUUCUGUGGUGGUGCAACAGAUUCAAAGUCUUCUUCCUCCUCAUCCUCAUGAUGGAUCAGAUACUAAGCGAUGGUUUUUUUAG